ACUCGAGGCUCGAGGUGCCGACCUCAAAACCUGAUAAAACGUCACAGCUUAAACAACCCCCACCUCCAAUCAACGUCGUCUAACUCCAAAACAAUCCACCCUUCGCCAUCCUCCCCGCAAUUGCGUAACCUGACGUUAACCACCGACCCACCUCAAAAUUAAGCCCAAAAUACAAACAAAAGUAGAAAAAAGUAGAAAAAAUUUCCGCCAUAAUUUUAGAGAGAGAAAGAUGAAUCCAGUAGAAGAAGGCAUGAAUAAGGAGAGAGAGUGGGAGAUGAGGCCAGGUGGGAUGUUAGUACAAAAGAGAGAGGAUGGUUCCGAUGAUGAUAACAUUAAUCUUCCUUUGUACAAGAUCAAGGUCUCUUUUGGCUCUUCUUUCUUCGAUUUCACCGUGCCUUGCAAAUUCACUUUUGGUGAAUUGAAGAAACUUCUUGCUCAAGAAACUGGGAUAGAGCCAGAGGACCAAAGAUUGUUCUUUCGGGGGAGGGAGAAGGAUGAUGCUGAGACUUUGCUUAUGGCAGGUUUAAAGGAUCACUCUAAAUUGUGGCUUACAGAGCGUCUCGCUAGCAAAGAGAAAAAAAUGGAGGAGGCAAGAAAGAAAGAUGAAAUAUCGAAAGCAUGUGCUGCAAUUGCUGAAGUUCGGGUAGAGGUGGAUAAGCUUUCUCAAAGGGUCUCCUCCUUGGAGGCGUCUCUUUAUAAUGGAGCAAAGGUAGAUGAGAAGGAAUUUAUCAUCUUAACGGAGUUGCUUAUGGUUCAAUUGCUGAAGUUGGAUAGCAUUGAGGCUAACGGAGAAGCAAAAAUCCAGCGGAAGAAUGAGGUUCGUCGUGUGCAAAGCUACGUGGAUACACUGGAUGCCCUGAAAGCAAGAAACUCUAAUACAUAUGAUGAUUGUGGCAAUACUGUAGCAGUGACCACCAACUGGGAGACUUUUGAUUCUGGAGUUGGGAGCUUGACUCCACCUCCAGUUUCAUCAUCUUCAAAAGUAGAUAAAGAAUGGGAGCGGUUUGAGUAAGCUUAAUAUGAUGUCAAUUUUUUUGGUGCGAUAUAUUAUGUCAUAUUAUUAUUGAUUGUACAAUUCAUAGGGACUUGUGUGAUUAUGAUUUUUUUGCCUGUAAUGGCUCCUUAUCAGUUCGGAGUUGUAUUUAACUCUUAAAGUACGGAGUAUGAAAGUUGCACAUGAAGUUGUUGUCCAAAUCUUUUUGAGAAGACAUUCAUCAAUGUAUAUGAUCACUUACAUCAAGUUAAAUACCCAUGUUUACUCCUUGUUUGUCGUUCA